GGAUCACUCAAAUAAUCAUGCACUCUACAUACAGAAAUAUUCAAUUAAUUGUCACGUGGAUCACUCAAAUAAUCAUGCACUCUACAUACAGAAAUAUACAAUUAAUUGUCACAUGGAUCACUCAAAUAAUCAUGCAUUCUACAUACAGAAAUAUACAAUUAAUUGUCACGUGGAUCACUCAAAUAAUCAUGCACUCUACAUACAGAAAUAUACAAUUAAUUGUCACGUCGAUCACUCAAAUAAUCAUGCACUCUACAUACAGAAAUAUACAAUUAAUUGUCACAUGGAUCACUCAAAUAAUCAUGCAUUCUACAUACAGAAAUAUACAAUUAAUUGCCACGUGGAUCACUCAAAUAAUCAUGCACUCAACAUACAGAAAUAUACAAUUAAUUGUCAUGUGGAUCACUCAAAUAAUCAUGCACUCUACAUACAGAAAUAUACAAUUAAUUGUCACGUCGAUCACUCAAAUAAUCAUGCACUCUACAUACAGAAAUAUACAAUUAAUUGUCACGUGGAUCACUCAAAUAAUCAUGCACUCAACAUACAGAAAUAUACAAUUAAUUGUCACGUGGAUCACUCAAAUAAUCAUGAACUCUACAUACAGAAAUAUACAAUUAAUUGUCACGUGGAUCACUCAAAUAAUCAUGCACUCUACAUACAGAAAUAUACAAUUAAUUGUCACAUGGAUCACUCAAAUAAUCAUGCACGACUGGAAGAGUGCUAAAAUGUUAGCUGAUUUUAUAUUUCCUCAGUGGGAAAAAAAUAAAAUGAAUGGACUUUCAAAGUCGAUUGACCCCCAUGGAAAUUUUGGUAAUUUUUCCAACUAAAAUAACAUCCGGUUACAUAUUAAGUGAUAUGCUAAUUUGAAAAAUAAUUGAUCAGUUACAUGUUUGAUAACAGAUGCCAUUGCCAUAGAAACAGGUAUUGAACAAAAGAUAUCCUUGAUAUAAAUAAAACAUGAUGAGGGCCAAAUAUGCAUCCUCCGAUCACAGGGCUUCAAAAUCCAGAAUAUCUUCUUUCUUUUUACCUCCUGCUAUAACCAAGUUAGUAUGAAGUUGGACGCGCCCGAUUAAACUGAAUCACGUGAUCUAAUUAUGCGCCGAUGACGUAUACAUGAUUGCUGUCGCAGUGUUGCGACAGCCAAUCAAAUUGCGAGUUCUUAAUCGGGGAAAUGCUAACUGCUUAUAGCAGGGGGGAAGAAGGAGGUACGGAUUCUGGACACCUGCUUAGGAGGAUG